GCCAUUGCUGCGCGAUGGUGGCUUCGGGAGGCUUCGCGUAACAACAAAACAAACAAAAAACAGCAAAGUGCGGAUUAUCCACGGAGCUCACCUUUCGCGCCCAGGGAGGAGGAGGAGGAGGAGGGGGGCAAAGGUGUUCUUUCCUCUUUUGGACUCUUUUGGACUUUGAGCUCGCAGAAGUCUUUUGCCUUUUUUUUUUUUUUUUGGGGGGGGGCCGGCCCUCGAAUGACGGCGCAGGUGGACUACGUGGUGGUGCUGUGCGCCGCCACAUCUGGGGCCAGCGGGGAGCUGCUGGGCUCCGACGAGAAGGAGCUAGCCAGGCUGCUGUGGCAGCAGGUGGACGUCAACAACAACAAGUUGGGCAAGGUGAACGAGCUGGUGAUUCAACCGGAAGUGUCAGACGUGGCUGAUGAAAAAAAGGAGGAGGACGCGGCGGAGGACCUCGUUGAAGAAGAAAAUGCAUCCGGAGCAGAUUGUGUCUUUACAGCAAAGAGCCUGGAGGCUGCUCUAAAUAUGUUCCACCUCCAGCUGACGAACGAGGUGAACAGCGCAGGUGCGGGCACGUCAGUGUGUUUAUGUACCGACGGGCAGCUCCCCAUCCGUCAAGUGAUUCACCCCGAGGCCGCUAGCAAGAGCAUCCUGGUCCCAGACUGUUUCUACUCCUUCUUUGACCUUCGUAAAGAGUUCAGGACGUACUUCCCCUCUGACCUCAGUUCUUUGGAUGUAUACGCCAUGGUGGAGUCUUUAAGCAUACCGGUAGAGGCGCCUGCUAUCUGCGACUCUCUGGGUGCGCCGGAUCCGUUGGCCACGUUGCCUCCAGAAGUAGCAGUGCAGCAGGUCCAGAUGAUGGCCAAAAUCGUGCUUUGCCUGCUUUCUGAGCCAUUGUGUCACACAUUCUCUGACCCGGAAAGAGUUAACGAGAAGUUUGAGACGGGUACUUGUAGUAAAAUGGAGAAAGUGAGUGACGGCACAGUGAUCCGAGCCAGAGGGUUGCCAUGGCAGUCGUCAGACCAGGACAUUGCCCGUUUUUUCAGCGGACUAAAUAUUGCCAAAGGAGGGGCUGCGCUGUGCCUCAACGCUCAGGGGAGGAGGAACGGCGAGGCCCUCGUUCGUUUUGUCAGCGAAGAGCAUCGAGACCUGGCGCUGCAAAGACACAAACACCAUAUGGGCAACAGAUACAUAGAGGUUUACAAGGCAACCGGAGAAGACUUCCUGAAGAUAGCAGGAGGUACAUCCAACGAAGUAGCCAUAUUCCUGUCUCGUGAGGACCAGAUCAUAGUGAGGAUGCGAGGUCUUCCUUUCACGGCUACGCACGAGCAGGUGCUCGCCUUCUUCUCGCCGGGGGACGGACUCAAAGACACGUGUCCGGUCAGCGGAGGGCGGGACGGCAUCCUGUUUGUGCGCUACCCGGACGGUCGACCCACCGGCGACGCCUUUGUACUAUUCGCCUGCGACGAACAUGCCCAGUGUGCGCUCAGGAAACACAAGGAGAUCCUGGGGAGAAGAUAUAUCGAAUUAUUCAAGAGCACGGCAGCGGAGGUCCAGCAGGUGUUGAACCGCUACUCGUCUGCCCCCCUGAUCCCCGUGGCCCCCGCCCCCUUGCUGUCAGUGUUGCCCGCGGUGUCACUCCUGCCCCCUCCCAUCCUUGUGAGGGACUGCCUGAGGCUGCGGGGCUUGCCCUACUCGGCGAGCAUAGAGGAUCUCAACUUCCUGGGCGAGUUCACCCACAACAUCCGACCGCACGGCGUGCACAUGGUCCUCAACCAGCAGGGUCGUCCGUCAGGCGACUGCUUUAUCCAGAUGACGUCGGCAGAGCGAGCGCUUUUGGCCUCCCAGCAGCUCCACAAACACGUGAUGUCCUGCCAGCACGGGCCCAACAGCCGCUACGUGGAGGUGUUCCCCUGCAGCGCCGAGGAGAUGGGCCUGGUGCUGAUGGGAGGCUCGCUCUCGCACUCGCACUCGCACACGCACACACACAGCCGCAACAGGAGUGGGACAGGGCUCAGCCCGCCGCCAUGUAAGUCCAGACGUUUAUCUCCGCCGUCCUACUCCUUCACCCCCACCCCGCCUGUUCUGCCUACUGAGGGCGCCGCUGGCCUCUACCCCCCGCUUGGUCAGGUGUUGCUAGCUCCUCGCCCGCUACCCCCGGGGCACGCCUACUACCCGUCCUCGGCGCAGCUGUACAUGAACUACACGGCCUACUAUCCCAGCCCACCUGGCUCUCCCACGACUGUGGGUUUCUUCCCCUCCCCGUCUGCCCUGUCCUCCCCCGGGGGGUUGAUGCGCAUGCCGGGUCUGACCUACAACAGCAAAGACCUCAUUAACGCAAUGCAGGGCUAUCAGACCGCAGUGGAGCCGGUCUCCGUCCUGAGCAGCAGCCUGAUUGGCCAAGCGGGCGGCGGCGAGCCUCCCGUCGUGUCCCUCCCCGCCCUCGUGAGCAAGCCCGCCGGACACUACCUGGACCUGAGCCUGCUCUGAGAGUCACACGCGCGUAUUGUUAGCUUGUUGUUGUUGUUGUUGUUUUAUAACUAGUCUUAUUUAUAUCUUCAAGAACAGCCACUAUUAUAUUUUAUAACGUGUACGGCUUUAGCCAAAAGCAGUUUGUCUUUGAUUGCACAGUGUGUAUCUCUUAAAAAGCUUUGUAGAAAUUGUUUUUAAUGUUGCAUUAUUUGAAUAAUCACUCUUGUAUCUUUGAUUGCCAAAGUAGUAAAGAAUGACUUUUUUAGCAAGAGAGCUCAGCGUUUCAAGCUUCUCCGUGAAGAGAGAAAAGUGUGUGUGGGUUUGUUGAAUGAGAGGCAUGUGUGCGUUGUAUUUUGACAUGGCAGCAUUAGGGCCACACUGAGGGGGGGGAAUAAAUAAAUUAGGGCAAAUAAAGUAUUAUGAGGGAAAAAAAGGAAUUGUUUGAAAGUCAAUAUUACAGGAAAGGUUGCAUUUAAAAAAUCCUAAUAUCACGAGAAUAACAUUGUAACAUCUUGAUAAAGUUUAUAUAUAUAUAUAUAUAUAUAUACAUUUUUAAUAUUUGUAAUACUCUAAGAUAGUAUUAUUAGAUGACAGUGGUAAUGAGAAAAAGAAAUUCUGGAAAGAAGUUGGCAAUCUUAAAAGAAAAAAAAAGGUUUCAAUAAAGUUGUAAUACCAAGUGAAAAAAGUCAUAUUUUUCAGAAAAUUGAAUUACUGACUAUUAUUUGCAUAGUCUGACUUUUUGGGAAACAAAUUCAUCUUACAAGAAAAAGUCCUGUUUUUUUUUUUCAAAACUCCUAAGAAUAAAUUGGAAUAUUCUGAGAAUUUUUAGUUUUUUUUUUAUGAUUAUUAUUUUGGGGGAAGUUUAUAAUUAGGUCGUUAUAUGAAAGCAAAUCUAAAACGUCUUAAAGCUACAAGUCUUUUUUUUUUCCCACCUUAAAGGUCUAAUUGUUACAAGAAUAAAUUUGCCAUUUUUAAAAGAAUAAUAUUAAGAGACAAAGUUGCAAUUUUAGGUUAAAAUAUUACAAGAAUAAAACUGGCGUUUUCAUCAAAUUUCCCACCCGCACCUGAAUGCGGCCAACCGUACAUAACAUGAAAUAUUUCUGAAAAACAUUUCUCUCAAUCGUACUACUUUGUCUUAAAAUGAUUGUUUCCUUUUUCAGUGUGGCGCUAACACUCCUUAUUGUUCAUAUUUUAGCAUCAGAUCAGUUUGUGUAAUCCACGUGAUGUUUUUGAAUCCCACCUCCAGUACACACUGAUUGUAUUGGACGCGUUCGUGCAUGAAGGAAGUUAGCGGUUAAAGCUUCCGAUGUUUACACAGUCGCCCGUACCGACGCACUGCUAAUCGACGCUCGCCAAACGACGGUUUGUUCGAAUGCUGGUUCGUGUUACACUGCGACUCGCUCAUCCAGCUUCACUUCCAUUUCAGCUCCUGACAACUUCGAGAGGGCUAACUCCAUUUUGGAUCAUUUUGCAGUUUUACACGUUAUGGCCGCCGCCCGACGACUGCCUCGAAAAAAUGAGUGCAAUAGCGGUUGCUUAAAGGUUGAUCAUUACUGCAACAUGCAUACUAGCGUUAUUAGCCUGACUGUGGUGUUUUGCAUUGUGUGUUAGCAUUAAGCUAGUGGAAUUUUGUAUGACAGACUUAAUUGUUUUAUGUUCAGUUUUCCAGCCUACUUCAAGUGGGAGUGGCAAUAAACGGCUCGAAGUAAACACUUAAAAAAAGGUCAUUAAUUAACUAACAGUGACCUUCCCCCCUGUGUUUCACAAUGGCAACUAAACCUUAAUUUUGACCACUAAUUCAUCUGAAAGAUUUUCGUUUUCUCCAUUCAUUUCUGCACUUAACUUCAAAACGACAAAACUGGAGUUAGCCCACUGUUAAUUGUCAGUGGCUCGUUUGGUUUGGAAUGUGCCUUCCAUGUUUUGUUGCCGACGACGUCGUGCCCUUUUUGUGUGUCACGGACGCCGCUGACAUUCUCGAGAUCUCACCUUAGAGAUCUCUUUUCACGUUUGUCCGCCGAAAGCUGCUCACUAAAUGUAAACUGUAGCUGCGGAUUGAAAUACAUUGACAUUGUCAACUCAUGUUUUGUGUAUGUAGUAGGACUGGAUGGUCCUGCUGAGAAAUAAAAACGGAUUAUGACAUUUGCA